UCACAGCUGCUGUUUUUCUAAGCUCUCUGUCCCAGGUCACACUGAGGAUUCCAGAUGAAGCCAGAGUCAGGGCAGGCCCUGCUCCAUGUGGCUGUGGCCACCUGCCUAUGUGCUGCCACCAUCUAUACAGGCAUUUUUGAGGGUGUCUUCGUCGAAGUGGGCUAUGAGCACUAUGCAGAAGCAGCUGUAACCAGCCUCCCUUCAUUCCUGGCCAUGCCCUUCAACUCGCUUGUGAACUUGGCCUACAUGUUCCUGGGAGUGUACUGGCUACGGAGGAAUACCAGUGCCCUUGGGUGCCUGGUGGAGACGAGCAGGGUUAGCUACCUGAAGGCUGUCUUUGCCAGCAUGGCACUACUAUACGGUCCCUUGCAGUGGCUGCGGAUCUGGACACAGACGCACCUUGCGGCGGUGCUUGAUCAGUGGCUCACUUUGCCCAUUUUUGCGUGGCCUCUGGCCUGGUGCCUCUACCUAGACAGGGGCUGGGAGCCCUGGCUGUUCCUCUUCAUUGAGUGCCUCUCCCUGGCCAGUUAUAGCCUUGCCUUGCUGCACCCCCGUGGGUUUGAGGUUGCACUAGGGGCUCACAUUGUGGCCACUGUGGGGCAGGCCCUACAUGCCCACCAGCGAUAUGGCAGUACCUCCUCAGCCACCUACUUAGCUCUAGCAGUGCUCUCCUGCCUGGGCUUUGUGGUUCUCAAGCUGUGUGACCAUCAGCUUGCACAGUGGCGUCUCUUUCAGUGCCUCACAGGCCAUUUCUGGUCCAAGGUCUGUGAUGUGCUCCAGUUCCAUUUUGCAUUUUUGUUUCUGACACACCUAAGUGCCUGCCAAGGACUCCAUUGUGAGGGAAAGACCUGUUAAGUGUGGAAAGAAGCCACUUAAAACAGAUGACCUCCUUACAUGAAAUGGGCUAUCAGAUGACAGUCUGCCUCCAGUGUUGGGUGUCUUGGGUGUGAUAAUCUAUGAUUUCUUUAGAAGUUCUAGGCUUCAGUAUUUAGGUGUGAAAUGGUAUGACUUCUACAGCUUACUUUGAAAGAUGUAAAACAAAGAUCUGGGUAUGG